GUAGUAUUUGUAAGGAACUGUUUAUGUCACAAGACCAAUCAAAACGCGUUAGAGCGAGGAGAUAAGGAAAGCGUCCGAUAGAGCUUUGAAAACAACACAGUCGGGAAACUUCGACACUACUCUUAACAACCCGUUGAAAGAGUUCUUAUUUGCGAGGGCGUUUGGGUAUAGUCUUGUUAAUUUCGUUUGGUGCCAGAUUUUCGAAGGCAAACUUGGCUACAAGUCACAUAUACGUAAUUACAACUUUUACAUCAUGAAGCUAUGUUAAUAGUGCUAUGCUAAUCACUAUGCUAAUAGUUCUUUCAUAACUAACACUAAUGUUUACUCAGCUUAUUACGCAAAUCCGUAUAUAGCUGGCCUCUGCUUGCUCAAUUCAGUAAAAUCAAUGACAUUUCUGUCAAAUUUGUUUAGACACACACGAAUUUGUAAGUGACACGCUAUCAACUCCUUUACGUGUCAACGCGACGCAAAACGCAACAUUCAGAUAAACAGAGCGAUAAAUGCUAUUUAAUAGAUGCAAGUCUUUUACAAUAAUUUGAAUCAAAAGGCAUUCAACUUGUUGUCAGUUGUUUGACAUAACCGCGCUGAGCUAAAACGAAGUGGGGUUUCUUAUUCAUCAUGUCGCACAGUCGAAGGACGACAAAAAAAAUCGAGUUCAACAAGCGGGUUCGUGACAUUGUAUCGCGUGAUAGCAACCAGCUUAGGAAAACGUUUGAAAAGUUUGACAAAGAGUACGCCAGUCGCUUGGCUGAGAUCCAGAACAUGCAGGAGAAAGUUCGCCACUCUAUGAGAAAUUUGGCACAAGAAAGAAUGCAAAUGCGCCCCAAUUCUGAAAUAGCUAAUUUCCAUCGUGGUGCAAGGAGAGAAGGUGAAGUAGAAGGAGGAAAGUCAGUACAUGACGAUCGCCGAGAAGGAAGUACAAUGAUGUUCGACAACAAAUUGCAAUCAAGCGUGGAGGAACGGAUAAAGAGCAAUUCCAAAGCGUCAUUGCCAGGGAUCCACAAUACUCGUUCCGAACAUCUAGAAGUUCCAAAUCGUGCAUCUACCAGAGUCCGGCGUUUCUCGUUACCACAUCCUCCAACGUUUCUACCUGGAGGUCCGAAAGAGAGCCGAGCGUUUCCGAUCCCUGCUUCGCUGCCGAGGACAGGUAUUUCAUCCUCUUUGCCAAGAGAGGCUUUUGUGAAACCUAGUUCUGCUAAAGAUACUUUGCGAAGAAAGCAACUUCAAAGUUCAGAAACUGCGAGACAACGAAGAACCGACAGACUUUCAGUUAAUGAUCUUCCAAUUUCUUCGUCACGUUCCGAUUACUUGACGAGUGCCAAAGGAAAGUUAAGUCCACAGCUGCGUCGUAAAAUUCUUAAAGCUGAAAAUUCUCUCAAUGACAAGGAUAUCAAUAGUGAUCCUGACGAAGAAAAUAAACCAGAUCAGGAAAAAUCCUUAGGGAAUUCUGAAAUCACAUGCGGAAGCGAUACCCCUCUGAAGAAAGGUGAUGACAGAGAGCCAAAGGGGGUUAUUGAUCAUAAUAAUACGAGACCGAAAAUUCUUCUUACCAGAACACGAAGUUCGUCUCUUCCUUGUGACCCAAGUCAGUUAAAAGAUAUAAAACUUAAAGAAAACCUGAACUCUGACGUAUCCGAAUUUAUCGGGUCAGCGAAUCAUGUCGUUAGUGGCAAACGAGUGUCUUCAGCAGCACUGCCAAUUGCUACUCACUGGAAAGAAAACGAACCUGUGUCAGGACCAUUUGACGAGCUUCGUUACUGCAGAUACCUGAGAAGCAGUGAUGUAGAGGACUAACAUUACAGUGCUAGGUUGAUGUUUAGAAUGAUGCUGAUAUCAGACAAGAUUGAGAAGCUCAUAUUGAAUUUUUUUUUUGUCUGACAAUAUUUGCCCUCCAUUUGCUUUCCAAGUGUUUCUUGGUAUUCGAUUAUUUGCUCGCCAAAUGAGGAUUUUCAAAAGACACAUGAUUAAAUUUAGCACUUCUUCGUGUGUACGAAUUUUGGUAAACUGGACGUCUAUGUAAACAAACUUAACUGCGUUGUAUUUUUAAAGUUUUGAAUAACAUUAAAUUAGCGAUACUUGAGGUU